ACAAGAUGUCGAAUAAAAUUACUGCAUCCGACCGCUUUGAACCCGCAAAAAUUCUUAAAUUAUCAAAUGUUUUUUUACGUGUUGUUGGUAUAUUGCCUGGUCAUAAUGAUAUCUUGAGUAAAAUAUUAUCUACAUUUGCAAUUACAUCUGUUUUAUUCAAUGUUAUUCUUGGUUUUAUCGAGAUUUUUCUUAACUUUGACGGAGUUAAUACAAUGUUGAAACUGGAAUAUUUACCUUCAAGUAUUGUCGUUUUAGCAAAAAUAGUAACGAUAUUACUUAUGCAAAAAACAGUCAAACAAAUUUUUGACGAAUUCCAACACUUUUGGCCACCACAAAAGUUUACUUCUGCGAAUGCAGCAAAAGCUGAAGAAGGUUUUCGAUUUGCUUAUAUAUGCGGUAUGAUAUUUGCUGUGUUUGUAGGGCUAUCUUGUGUUCUAUUGGCGUUUGUCGUCUAUACUUCUGAUACGAACAUUGUGAUAUACCGAGGCUACGACAUAUGCGAUUAUCAAACAAAUUUGCUCUGUUAUCGUAUAAUGUUGUACUGGAACAUUUGUACUUUGUUUGGUCAUGUAUUACCGAUUGCAUACGCUUUCGACUUUUUUUUUCUUGCCUGUAUAACAUACGUGUACGUUGGAAGUGAACAACUUGCGAAUGGUUUCAAACAUCUCUCUUUGGAAGUUCACCCGGAAAAUGAUGUUUUAAUGCAAUUGAGGAAGGACAACUUGAAAGAAAUUGUUGAUCAACAUAAUAUGAUUUUAAAAUUUGUGAAAUUGGUAAAUAAAUUGUGUUCGAUCAUUCUUCUCGUCCAAUUCUGGUGCUCAUUGGGGUCGCUGACGUUUUCCCUCUACAUGUCAACUGUAGAUGGAAUUCCACCUGAUUAUGACCACUUGCAUUAUGUUAUGCUUUACAUGUCAUUCGCUUCAGAAGUACUUAUUUUCUGCGUUGGUGGAACAAUAUCUCACGAUAAAUUGGAAAGUGUCGCAAACGAUGCGUUCGAAGUCGAGUGGUACUUAACAGGGCAAUCACAACUACGCAAAGAUCUUUGUUUUAUCAUCCAAAGAUCUCAGAAUAUAAGAACUCUCCGGGUGGGAAACUUGUCAAAUUUAAAUUUGGUUUUAUUUGUCUCGAUUCUCAAAACAUCAGCUUCGAUGUAUACUUUAAUUAAUCAGUUAUCCCCAUAAAUGUUCAAAUAAAUAAAUAUAGCUAUGUCUCACAUAUCUUUUUGUAUGU